AGCGAUGAUGUUUUCUCCACGAGUGUGGCUACUGGUGGUAGCCGUAACUGUGUAUUUUAGUGGCGAUUUGGCCCAAGCUACAUUCACCAUGCUACCGGCAGCCCAUACCACUGCCAUCGCCGGGGAGACGAUCACGCUAAACUGUUCAGCUCUGAGCUCGUCGGGCAUUGAAAUAAUCUGGUCCAAGGGACGAAUCCACUUGACGUACCGCAUGAAACUAUCGAAGGGUCUCGACAACGACGUGCGCUCUCGGUACUCGCUCACUGGAAACAAAACUGCCGGAGAGUUAAACUUGAGAAUCGAGAACGUAAAGAAAGCAGACGCCGGUGAUUAUCAAUGCUUAUACACCGGGGAACAUGGCGGGGAGACAUCACCACCGGCGACUGUGACAGUUUUGGUACCACCAAGGGCCGAGUAUCCUCUAUGUCACGUGCGAGCCCAGGCAGCGAUCAGCGGGACACCUAGCACUCUCUGGCCCGGUAAAGGUGCCGAGUUUACCUGCCAAUCCUCCGGCGGAGACCCACCGGCCUCGCUGCAAUGGCUGCGUGGAAAUCAUUCGAUACUCGAACCGCAGACAUCCAAUAUAGUGUACGAGAGGAUACUACUCCCUGAGGACAACGGUGUGGAGUUUACAUGUGUGGCGACGAGUCAGGCCUUGCGGCAGCCGAGGAUCUGCACCGUGAUGCCCAUGAGGAUCCCGCCCGUCGUGCAAGUCAAACCGUUAACACGGAUGAUCAUACCGGGAGAUAACGCAACGUUCCACUGCGAGGGGAGUGCCAUUCCGCACGUAGAGUCCUACUCGUGGCGCGUUGCCGGUCGAGAUGUCCCCGACGAUCAUCCCGACUAUUCAUUCGCCAACCAGAGACGACUUUUAACCCUUCACGACGUCAAAUCAUCCCACGAUAAGAUCGAGGUGUCGUGCAAGGCAAGUACCCCUACUGGUAUCUCUAAAAGUGCCUCCGUAAACAUGAUCGUGACGAGGAUCUACGUGCCACCACCGACCGAAACGCCCACCGGCGUUGAAUUCACCCCAACACCUCCUCAAGAAGGUCCUGGCGGUAGACCAAAGGUAAACGAUAAUGAUAUAGAUAGCAUGAUAAACGGUGAACUCUUUAUGAUAAUCAUAACCAUCUUCGGAGCCUUAGUGGUCUUGUUACUUAUCCUGGCCGUCGUGAUGGGUUGCUGGGCGCUGAAUGCUAAAGGAAAGCGACCUCAGACACAGAAGAGACCUAGGGUUGAGUACCACGAGUCAACGAGUAACACCAUCGACAUGGAUCCUCUACCGCUCCCUACUCAGCUCAUCUACGAGCCACCAACCACCAUCUCAUCCGACCCAGUGGUCAUCCCAACCCCGCCCAACGCAGCUAACAACGAGGACGCACCGGGCUACAUCUCGCAGCUCUACUCCACCCUGGACAACAACCGGCUGCCGGCCAGGACCGCGUUCGUCGGCUUCUCCGACCGUCCCGUAGCGCAGAUUACUCCCACGCAAGGCGUGGCAUCCACGCUACCGAGAAUGAGCAAGAUUGACAAACCCACCGGUGUGAGCAAGCCAACGAUCAAAGAGUGCCCUCCGUCAUUUACCAUUCCAGAAGAAAACGAUUCACAUCCCGAAAAAGAUACCGACCUCAAAAAGGAAGAGAAGAAAUAAACAGUAUUUAU